AUGCUUUCGUUGUCCCGCUACCCUUUUCUGAUACGACGUCUCUAUGAACAAGUCAAAGAUCUCGAACCCGACUUUCCAUCUACCUAUGAUUUUAAGAGACUCGGAAUCAAAGUCUUCCAAGCACCCUUGGCCGAUACUGAUGACGGCACUAUCUUGUUCGAUCCAUGCUACUUCAAACCACACCCGGAUAAACUGCUCGAAAAGUAUCCAGUCCAUCCGCAUGUUGAAGCACGCGAUCGCCCGGAGCCAAUACUUCCCUCUGAACGCAUUCGGGACUACAUGAAGAGAUCCCCCGAUGAUUAUAAGCCAUGGACCCUCCCAAUCUUCGCGAACCUGAAUCGCCAAGACCGAAACAGGUAUGACAUGGAACAUGACUUUUACUCCCAAGCUACUUGCCUUGAACAAGCGUUAGACGCGCAUUUGAGUGUGACAAGACUCAUACCGCCUGACGAGAUGCCCCCUGAUGGAAGAAAUCCUUACAGUGGAUGCGGCGGCGAAUUCGCCAACAUGUUCUACCUGAAGCAGCUUCAGCAGCUUCAAAAGCAAGACCUCUGGUUUCCACCGGCAUCGCCAUUCUUUACCUGGGAGACGUACAGCCGGCCAAAAAAUUGGCGAGUGGUCCAACAAAUUCAAAAUCCCGGGCUCACCCAUUCAAUGAUGACUGUUGCUUCGAUGGUUUGUCCCAACUAUGUCAACCAGGAUCUCUAUUUCCCCAUGCGCCUUGGAGGACCCCAGCACUGCUUGUUGCGCCAGUGGCUCCGCCGAACAUUCAAGAAAACACCAACCAACCAAGGCCUCACAACACAAGAGUUGAGAGCCAUCGUGAACACAAUGGUUCUCCGGCUUAAAUUCGACCCUUUCCGCCACUACUGCAUUCAUCCAGUUUUAGUUUUCUCCUACAUGGGAAAUCAACAAGGAAGAAUCUUACAGGCAUCGUUUGAUUGGCAACGACUGGUGAUACAAUAUUCCCAACUUUGGAAUUUUGCAAAUCCAGAAACUGCACCAUUGGAGUUGUUCACUCGAUAUCGACUGAGUGAGCCUGUUUAUGUUCGACCCUUUUUUGUCGGGGAGAGUACUGACACUCCCACUUGUUGA